GAACCCGAGGACAGUGCCCCCAGACUGGGUCAGCGACCCGGGCUUUCCGGGCUCCACCAACUGCCUGGAGCGCGCGGCUGGCGCACCCCUACCCCCCCACCUGCGGCCGGCGGGGAGUGUCCCGGGACUGCGGGAGGGGCGCGGGUGUGGGCGGGUCUUGGGAGGCGGGGCGCUCCUGCGCCUGGGCCGCGCCUGGAACCGGCUGGGGAGGGCGGCGGUGGCGGCGGCGGCGGCGGCGGCUGCGGCUGCGGGAGGGGCCCGGGCGGCCGGGUUGAGCGGCGGCCGCAGCUGCGCCAGGACGGCCCGCGGGGGCUCGGGGCCGCGCGCCGGGAACCUCGCGGGGCGGGCGGGCAGGAGCUGCGCCCCGGGGAGGCGGCCCGCGCGCGACGGGACCAGCAGCAUGAGCAGCGGCUACAGCAGCCUGGAGGAGGACGCCGAGGACUUCUUCUUCACUGCCAGGACCUCCUUUUUUAGGAGAGCGCCCCAGGGCAAGCCCCGCGCCGGCCAGCAAGAUGUGGAGAAAGAGAAGGAGACCCACAAUUACCUCAGCAAGGAGGAAAUCAAAGAGAAAGUUCAUAAAUAUAACUUGGCAGUCACAGACAAGUUGAAGAUGACCUUGAAUUCAAAUGGGAUUUACACUGGCUUCAUCAAAGUCCAGAUGGAACUCUGCAAACCUCAGCAGGCUUCUGCAAGCCCUGGAAAGCUCCCUCCCAGUAGCAAUGACUGUGUGAACACCCUUCAUAUCAGUAGUGCAAACACUGUCCGGGAAGUGAUUGAGGCCCUGCUCAAGAAGUUUCUCGUGACUGAGAGCCCUAACAAGUUCGCACUUUAUAAGCGUUGUCACAGAGAAGAUCAAGUCUACGCGUGUAAGCUCUCAGACCGGGAACAUCCACUCUACCUGCGUUUGGUAGCAGGGCCCAGAACAGACACACUUAGUUUUGUUCUUCGAGAACAUGAAAUUGGAGAGUGGGAAGCCUUCAGUCUCCCAGAGCUACAGAAUUUCUUGCGCAUCUUGGACAAGGAAGAAGAUGAUCAGCUGCAGAACCUGAAGAAACGCUACACAGCCUACAGACAGAAGCUAGAAGAAGCCCUCCAGGAGGUGUGGAAACCCGACUAGAGCGUGGAGCUCCCUGCUACUCAGGGACAGCGCAGGACCCAUGUACAAGCCAGCCCCAGGGUCUCUUGUCGGAGGGCUGUUUUCUUGCCCCGUGAUGCUCCCGUCUCCCCCCUUUUAUCUCUAGAUUUAGUUCCUCAGGCUGGUCACACCACAUCCUGCACCUCAUUUGCCCUCUGUAAGGGGUCUUGCAAGCUUGUUCUGUUACAGCACUGCAGCAGUGUUACCUCUCAGCAAAAGCUGUGAAUCUGUAGUCUAAUCUCGAGCAUUCUAACCAGAUGCUUUGAAGCUUAGGCUCAUGGUGAUUCUUCCUCCUACCCCAUUAUUUUCUUUUGUUAUUUUAAUUACAUGAUGAAGAUGUUAAGCUCAAGGAUAUUUGAAUGAUUUUUGAGAGCUUAACAAGGAAUCUAUUUAAAUACUUAAUCCUGUGUUGAUACUACCUGUCUUUUCUUCUUUUUUUUAUGUCAGGAAACAAUUUCAGUGAACUGAAAGGCACAGGAAGCUAGGAAAGCUGAGGAAUUUUGGAGGAGUUUGACAAAGAAAGUAAAGAGCAAGUUUGAAAGAAGGCAUUUGAGGCAGGCUUGUGGGGAACUGUGAUGGACUUGAGGAGUUUGAGUAGAUGGUAGAGGAAUAAGAACGCAUGCUUGUAAACUAAGUAGAAGCAUUCUGGUUUGAGACACGUUCUAGGGUUACUUGGUUUCCUGAUGAGUAAAAUGUAGGAACAGGGACAAGGGAAGUAGGAACCACACCAGUAAGGAGAGACUCCAGAGCUGCAACUAGCUGACCUGAGGCUGGCAGGUGGACCUUCCAGACCUGUCCAGAGAUGAACCUCAUGCUGCUGGAAUUACCUGUGGGGUGCUGGACCCUGAAUUCUGCCUUCCUACAGUGUAAGGUCUAAUGGUGCAGUUUCUCUGGGUAGGUGACGAUGGUGACCAUUUGAGAACUCUUCCACCCCCUCUCCCUGUUGUCAGAGUUUCGCACUGGGUAUUGUCACCCCUACUAGCUAAGGGGGCAGUCAGAUAACUCCUUCCCCUUCAUUAUGCGCUUCCCUUUCCCUUUCCGUCCUCUUCCUUCUUCCCCUGCUUUCUUCUGCCUUUCUCUUCUAAACUGAAAUCUGUUGAAAUCCUGGAGAGGAGGGAUACGGACUACAGACACAGUGAGUGCUGUCAGAUCAUUUCCAAAGCAGGACUUAACUAAGGAGGAGCCAGGGAGCCCACACCCAGUUAGCU